AUGGAAGAUAAUGGAGGUGGUUCUUAUUUUGAUGUUAUGAAGAACACCGUGAGGAAGAAACGCAGCCUUACUUCUCGUCGUCCUCGCACUGAUGGAUCAAUAUUUCUAACACCUUCUUCAGAUCACUUCAGCAAGAUCUCGAGUGAUGAUAUACCCGCAUUUGAUACUAACCCUAGAAGGAAAGAGUUUAGUCUUAGCCAUUGUAUAUCUAGGGCUGAUUCCCAAAGAGGAAACAAUGAUUCUCUAAGGAGAGAGAUCAUCAGUAGAAACAAACGCUCAGCUGAAGGUAAUGGCAUGGGAGAUGAGGGUGGUGAUGGGAUGGUCGAUGGAAAGGCAACUCGUUUUGGUGUAAGGAAGAGAAUGAAGCUUAAGAUUGGUGGUGUGAGUCGUCUGGCUCAUGCUAAUGGUUCACCUCGAAAGUCUUCUAAACCGGUGAAUGGUACUACUUACAACCAUUUGGAGGAAAGUUCAGAAGAUUGUAAUUCCCCUCCUCUAGAUAAGAAGGCUGAUCUCGAGGGCGUCACUUGGAACGCUGAGAAAAACGAAUCCAUGACAGGGAGGAGAAAACAAGGAGAACCAGGUGGCUCGGUUCGCAAGAGCAAACGAGCUCUGAAGAAGCAGGUUUCUGAUAGCGAUGAUGACACUGAUGGUGAGAUCCAAUAUGUGGAAAGCCUCAAGUAUAAGACUGUCCCUGUGUUUAACGAAGGGACUGUCUCGGGGAGGAGGCAAUUGAAGCCAUCUGGGGUUACAAUUGGAGAAAAUUCUGGUAUUCAGAUGACUGCAUCUGAAAAGGCUUCUGAUGACAUGGAUAUUGCGGAGGAACUUGAACCAGUGGCUGAUGGAAUAGAGAUUGGCAGUGAGAUUAAGAGGGAAUCGACUAUGACUAGUCGCCAACGAGCCCUUGCUUCUGCAUCUGGCAAAUCAACCGCAAUUGAAUUUCCAGAUGGAUUGCCUCCUACAACUAGAAGGAAAAGGGAGAAUCUUUCAGAGAUGGAGCAGCAGGUGAAGAAAGCAGAAGCUGCUCAAAGGCGAAGAGUGCAGGUUGAGAAGGCUGCAAGGGAGUCUGAGGCGGAGGCUAUCAGAAAAAUUCUAGGCCAAGAUUCGAGCAGGAAGAAGCGUGAAGACAAAAUUAAAAAGCGACUUGAUGAAAUUGCUCAGAAGAAAGCUGAGCAUGAGGAAAGGGCCGCGACAAGCUACAUCAGAACAAUCAUCGGACCUAAUGGAACCACUGUUUCAUUUCCCAUUGACAAAGUGCCUAGCCUGUUCGAUCCCGUACCAUCCGGGUAUCCUCCUCCGCGAGAAAAUUGUGCGGGACCAUCAUGCACCAAUCCUUACAAGUAUCGUGAUUCAAAGACUAAGGUUCCUCUGUGCAGCCUCAAAUGCUACAAGGCGGUUCAGGAGCAGCAACAGACCUCUGAACCAGCAACAGACCCCACCGGUUAA